GGAUCUUCCUUGAGCGCCCCCGGAGCGACAGAGCGAGCCGAAGCAUGUCGGUGCCUCUCAAGAAGCCGGAGGAAUCGGUGGCCUCCGACACGUUUAAAGAUCCAGAAGAUAAUUUGGCGCGAGGAGAACUCUUCCUGCUGGUCUUGUCGGUUCUAUGCCUCCUCAUGACUUUCCCCAUUUCUCUCUGCUUCUGCUUACAGGUUGUUACCGAAUACGAAGAGCCGGUCAUCAUGAGAUUCGGACACAUACGGAAAAAUGUCUCAAGGGGGGCAGGUGUUUAUUUCAUUCUGCCCUGCACAGACACUCUUACCAAAGUCGACAUGAGGACAAAAGCCCUUGAAUUGCCCUUCCAGGAAAUUUUUACGAAAGACCCCCUAGUUAUUGAUGUCGAUGGAGUGGUCUAUUACCGAGUCCAAGAUGCCUUUCUUGCCGUAACCAAGGUCUCCGAUGCGGAUGUGGCUACCAACCUUCUAGCCAAAGCCAUAAUGAAAAAUACGCUGGGGACCCAAACCCUUUCCCACCUCAUCUCUGACCGGGAAAAAGUUGCCAAAGAGAUCCAGGUCCUGCUGGGCAACAUCACAGCUGACUGGGGAGUCACAAUAGAACACGUGGAGAUCAAGAACGUGAAGACACGAGUAAAUGUUGUCUCCCCAGGGAAUGUGACGCCACAACCGAGGCCAGUGAAAGAAGCUUCCAUCUUCCUUCAAGACUCUCCUGUCUCCAUCCAAUUCCGUUGCCUGAAGGCAGACGGCGCCCAUCCUAGCCCACACACCUCCACUAUCAUCUUUACUUAACCCAGUUCUGCAGAGAAGGAUUGAGAAGGAAGCCCAUUAAGAGAAGCCGUAUCUCCAGAACGUGGGCUACUACGGGAAGAAAUCAGGGUCCUUCAAACUCUGAAGGCCACCUUAGAAGAUGUAGGGGUAGAUGUAUUUGUUGGUUUUUAACGUUUGAUGUUGUUGCUAUGGUUCUCCCACCCCCACAACCCCAAUAAAAUUUAAAGGAAGAGAUUUAUCUUG